AUGAAUCUAGCUACGGCUUCGCUAUCGGUGACCGAAGACCCGGAAUGUGCAAAUUAUCAAAAAAAGGGGGUAUUUUGGUCACGAAUAACCGAAGCUUUGGCGACAUUAGAAGAAAAGCCGAUAGAUUACCGUGACCCCGAAGUUGUGAGUGCAAAAUGGAGGAAGAUACGUCCAAUUAUUCAAAACUUCAACCAAAUCUAUACUCGAAUCGGUCAUGUAAGUGGGGAAAACGAUUUAGAUCGUGUUAGAAAGGCCAACGAAGAAUAUGAAGGAACUUAUCGCAAGGCUUUUUCGUAUUCAUCAAUUUGGGGCAAAAUUCGGUACAAUUCGAAGUUUUAUCUCGUGGACAAAAGCGCUGUGAGGACCAAUCUCGGUGAACCCACGGCCAAAAGGUCGAAGACUUCAUCAUCCACCGACCCAGUGGCUAGUCAAGGGUCGGAUGCUAGGGUCAACUUUGACCUUAACUCGUUUGAAGAGUUGGGUGAUAAUGAUAAUGAGCCGGGGCUUCAAGAACGGCCCAUUGGUAGGGACGCAUCAAAGAAAGCGUCGAGAGGGGAAGCCGGGUCGAGCUCGGGAGGCAAGGGGAAAGGAAAGGGUAAGUAUAUGGAGACGUUUGAAGGAAUUGCGAAAAAGUUGGAUAAGUUGUUUGAUAUGAGCUCGAAGAAAAUUGAGUUGAAGGAAAAGAAAGUUAAGAUCAUGGAAGAAGACCGCGAUUGGAAGUUGUUGGGUACCGACUAUUCCCACCUUGAAGAGCCGGACCGAAGCAUCAUGGAACGCAAAAAACAAGCGCUUCGUGAAAAAUAUUUGUCUUGA